CUUUCGUGUUAAUCUGUGUCAUGUUAUUGUGUUGUGGUCACCAUUAGUUAGGUAAAUAAAACUAAAGUUAAUUAAUAGUUAACGAUCUAACGCGAUAGUAACUAAUGUAGAGGUUAAAAUCGUAAAGUUCUUUGUGAGUUGUGAUUCUUUUUUACUACAAAUUAGUUUUUAUUAUCUGGCCUACUUAACCAUGAAGGAAAUGAUGUAUCACGCGGCUGUGCUGUUCGUGUUGGCUGUCGUUGGUGUGAAUUGCGAGGGUAACUCUACCGCAUCGACGAACGUAACAAAUGUAAAUUGGAAGGAAUCGAAUAUUUGCAGACAUUGUAUCUGCAAGGAUGAAAAGAUUAAUUGCUUUGACCAGAGCAUUAGUACGUUCUUCACAGAGGAAGAAUGGGCCGAUGUCGCCGAAUUCAAGCCAAAAGCAAUUGACUUCAGUGAAAACCUUAUCAGAAAUGUAACAGCGUUUUCCACACUGCCAGUUCAAGUACUGAAUCUGUCGAGAUGCGCUAUAGAGAUUAUUGAGAACGCCAGCUUUAAGGAUCUGCAGUCUAUGAACACUUUAGAUCUAAGUCAUAACAAACUCACUUCUGCGAAAUUGAGUCCACAUGCUUUUGAGGGCCGAUUCUCACCUGAAGAGUACGAACCUCUAGCCGCUAUGAGGACCCUAAGCCUGGCCUACAACGACCUGCACUCCUUAAACCAGGACCUGUUCGAGCAUCUUCCAGAACUGACAGAGUUGGACCUCAGUGGAAACCCAUUGACAACUAUAGACCAUGUUACUGUCAUUGCGAUAUCGAGUCUGCCGAUGCUGAAGGUUCUUCGUUUGAGGUCUUGUCAACUAACGGAAAUACCAGAGAAGUUUCUCCACACGCCCAGAUAUUUGGAGCGACUGGACAUCAGCGACAACAAGCUGAUUGCUGUGCCUGAUGAACUGCAGGAAACCAAGACCCUCAUAUACCUGAACCUCAACCAGAAUCCCAUUGUUGAGUUGGACUCAUCAAGCGAGGAUAGGCCUGGCUUCCCACGUCUGCGAAAACUCCAAGAGCUUCAUAUGUGUAAUAUGAACUCCUUGAACCGUAUUGGUGCUGGUGCGCUGGCAGGCUUGGAAAACCUGGAGAGACUGCAUAUGAGCUUCAAUCCAAAGCUUGGUUAUAUUGAUCCAAAAGCACUAGCUAGACCCGAUGAUAUUGGCGAGACGUAUGACUGGCCGCUGAUAAAAGAGCUAUACCUUCAAUCAAACAAUCUCACUGAAAUUGACUCCAGACUCCUGUCACGUUGGGACCUUCUCCAGAAACUCGACGUAACUAACAAUCCUUUCCUCUGUGACUGUUCCACUCAAUGGAUGGUUGAUAUGCUGGUACCCAUAGCGGAGAAGAGGCUUGUCAACUCCACAGAGAAGAUGGUCUGCCAAGAGCCGCCAGAGAUGAAGGGGUACACGAUGAAGCAUCUUCACGACAUCCACCGCACCAUGCGCUGCGUCGACAAGUACGGCAACAGACCUGAACGUGACGGCUCUAUAUUGCUGGGGACCCUGAUAGGUGUCCUGUUAGCCGUGCCAAUAGUAUUUUGCCUAAUGCUUCUCUGGAGACACGGAUACUUCGCACGCUGUGGCCUCCGUGGACCUGUUGACGUUUCGAGAGCGUUCUACAAACGCGCUCCGGCUGACGAUGGCUUUAUAUAAGCUUAUUGUAUUACAGUGCGACGUACCAUCUGUACGUCUAUUCGCCGUACGAUAUGAUUGGAAUUUUAAUAUGGUGGGCUAGGCUUUAGGUUAUAUUUGUUAUGAUUUAAAGUGAUAACCCUCACUUCUGGGAUUAAUACACAAAUAAAUUUGAAAACAAAAUUUUAUGAGCGAUACGGGACUCGAACCCGCGACCUCUCGCAUUCUGUGCGAGCGCCUUUUCCAACUGAGCCAACCGUUCGAGUGACGUUCGUUGAUUAAAUCUUGUAUGCUUUAUUCAACUCUCAGGUUGUGGUUUCACCUACAGGAUCUAAUUUACAGUUGAUACCUACCCCAAUAUUUGCAUAUUAGGAACUAGACUUGAGAUGACGCUCUUGCAAAUCUAAACAAUUUGGUAUGAUUUGACCUGCGAGUUGAACAAAGCACACAAGAUUUUACCAACGAUGCGUCACUCGAAAGGUUGGCUCAGUUGGAAAGAGCGCUCGCGCGGAACGCGAGAGGUCGCGGGUUCGAGACCCGCAUCGUUCAUAAAACGUUGUUUUCAAAUUUUAUUUUUGUAGGUACUUGUUGCGUUAAGACUCAGAUCUUAUUGACAUACUAAUAACGUGAGCUAUUCUUAAAAAAUAUAACAUUGAAAUCGUUAAAAGUUUUUUAUAAUGAGUGUGUGUUUGUUUAUAAGUUACAAAAUCCGUUUAUUGUUUCAGUUUAAAAUUGCUUUUGUUUUGUGAGAGAUUUAAAUACCUCACUACACGCGACGCGACUUACGAACGGUUUUACAGCUAUGUCGUAGCGACUUUUUAGCAGUGACGAUUUCGUAGCUGAAUGAAACAACAGAUAUGAACUUGUUGACUUUCGUUCGUCACUCGCAAAUAGAGACCGCGACUUCAGUGACGAAAGAUCGUCUGCAGUAUGUCGUGUAAAAAUCGUGACCGUGUGUUGUAAGUCGUGUCGUGUGUUGUAAAUCGCCGAAUCGUGUCGUGCGAUGUCUCGUGAGCGACCGACCUAAGGACACUUAUCAUCAUGUUAAUUAAGAAUAUGAAAGCUUAAAAAUUUUAAAUAAUAAAAAGUCUUUAAAGAUAACUUUUUUAAUUCAAAAUAUGGUAAGCCGUAUAUGUAUAUAAGAUAAAUAUAAGCAUAGUAUUUAAUUAACAUUUUCAAUUAAUAUAAUUAUUAAAAGGCUUUAAACGCAGGCACGUGAAACAUGGAGAUUAAAAUAAUUGUUAAUCUAUAUUUUCAAUAUAGUAUUUACACAUGUCAUAAUUCUUUUAAAUAUUAUCUUAUUUAAUUUAUAUUAUUUGGAACUAUUAAAUAGCUGCAAUAUAUAUUUUUUCUAGAUAAUUAUUGUUAGUUAUUCCAAACCGAAUUAAUUAUAUAACGUGUAUACAGCGUGACGCAACAAUGGCAUAAAAUAAAUCUACAAAUCAAAGUAAAAUAUUUUGAAUAUUUUCUUAAAUAAAUUAUAAUAUAUUUACAAAUCAAAAUUUUAUUCACUCUUAACGUGGGCGCUACGCAUCUACGAAGUACUACUACUUACUUUGGAAUGGCUACGAUGUAGCGUGGGAGAAGUACUGUGUGAGUGCCUACGAUAGAGUACAGUAGCUCAGCGGUCUCCUUGAAAUCUAUACCUACGUGUGGGCGGAGCGCUAGGGUUGGUACAUACAGAAAGAUUGACGACGCGGACAGCGUGUCGCAGCUAAUUUAACUCGGCAAUGGGCGGCGAUGCAUUCAAUAGUUUUGUCCCAAGAUUGCUUAGCGGCAGUAUAAAUCGUGUGUAUGUGUGAGUGCGUCCAUUCGGGUGCUCUAGUAUCAAGUUAAAGGAGUGUUCUAUUACUGUAUUGUGGCUAGAUAACGGCUAUUAGAUUAGUUAAAGGUUGUUCCGAAAUUAUAUUAUGUUUUUUUUUCUAUUUAAUUAAAUUAUAUUUUUUUUUAUUACUGUGAAGUAGCUAUAUCCGUGCGUUCAUUUAAUAUCGCAUCGUAGAUUCACGCUGUAUAACAGGAAUUUUAUUUAGAUAAAUAAGAGAUAAGAAUGGUACGAUUUCUUUGUAUGGUUUUUAUAUUUUAAGAUUAUUUUAAUAAAAUAAAUCAGAGAUC